AUGAUCCGUCCCAAUGAAGAGAAGGUGGGAGAGUUACUGCAAAGGCAGGGUGGAGAUGGAAAAGGGAAUUGGACUAACGCGCCCGCACCCGCGCCCGCGGUAAAGCUUGGCGCUCCAUUGCGCGCCGCAGCCUGGCGGAGCGGGGCGGGGCGGGACGCCGGCGAGAAAGGCGGGUUCUUGAGCGCUGGGGAAACCCUUCCGGGCUCUGGCGUCAUUGCAGCGCCGGCCAAUGAGAAGCGAAAGCGGGGAAUUCCCGCUUCCGUGGAGUGGAAACUGGAGCGCACUGCCCCGCGGAGGGUCCGCACCGAGGAGCAGAUGCUGUGGGAGAGUGUCAUGGGGGUGCUCGCCCAAGACCUGAAGCAGAAGUCAAAACAAGAUCCAGCUGAUGUAUUCGAUACAGUUAAUACUACAUAUUCGAACUUUAAGAGCAACUUUGUGAAGAGGCUAUCUGUGGAGUCUCCCGCUGCCAGUAGCCCCCUUGUCACAAGAUGGCAGCAAAGCCAAAGCAGGGAUCAAAGCAAGGAGACCCUUCAGCCAGAGCAUCCAUUCCCUGGCCUCCCAGGUUCUCCUGAGUCAGUGCUGCAGAUGACUCUGGAAACAGAGACCUUAAUUCCAGGGUCUGACAAAGAGCCAUUGAAAACCCCCAUCAAAGGAAGCUUUGAAUUAAAUAACUCUGUUUUCCACUUCUGCAAGACACCUGAGUCAUUGGACAGAGGCUGGAAGAAAAAUCUUUCCUCCAAAGGCCAGAAAUGUUUAAACCAGCUGUUUUGCAUCCAGAAGCAAGUUCCCCAGGAUAAAGGCAAAAUGCAACUCUGUGAGCAAUCACAAUGCGUUUGGAAAGGCUGUUGAGAUGGAGUCAAAUUUGAAACUUUCCAUUUUAAAAGGUUCAGUGAUAAGAACUCUUCUAUACUCCAACCAGAGGUGAAGAUUCAUCUUACUGGUCUUCGAAAUGACUAUUAUCUGAAUAUUUUAGAUCGGAAUUUUCAAAAUCUUGUUGCUAUAGCCCUUGGAUCUUCUGUAUACAUCUGGAAUGGAGAAAACAGCAAGGAGAUUGAAAACAUAGACUUAAGACUCACUUGUAACUAUGUGUCUUCUGUGUCCUGGACAAAAGAUGGAACCUGUCUGGCAGUUGGCACCAGCGAGGGAGAAGUGCAAUUAUGGGAUGUGGUAACUAAAACUCGACUGAGAACUAUGCUUGGCCAUUUAUCUGUUGUUGGGGCUCUGAGCUGGAAUCACUGUAUCCUCAGCAGUGGAUCGAGACUAGGGCGGGUUUAUCACCACGAUGUUCGGAUAGCCCAGCAUUAUGUUGGAACUCUUCUCCAUAAACAAGCUGUGUGUGCUCUGAGGUGGUCACUAAAUGGCAACCUGCUUUCCAGUGGCUGUAGUGAUGGACUGUUGACUACAUGGCCCCAUGAUCCAGGUGUGAGUGCACUGGCUCAACCUUUAAAAGUUAUUCCCCGGUCUACAGCAGACAAGGCCAUUGAUUGGUGUCCCUGGAAGUCUGCAGUUCUUGCUGUUGGAGGAGGAAUGAAGGAUGGGCACUUAAGUAUCUUGGAUAUAAAUACAGGGAAGAAUAUCCAGUCUCCAAACACCAAUUCCCAGAUUUGUUCCCUUAUCUGGCUACCUAAGACAAAGGAAAUUGUGACUGGUCAAGGUACUCCCAAGAAUGAUAUGACACUGUGGAACUAUCCCUCUCUGGCGAGGUCGGGUGAGCUUUUUGGCCACAGAAACAGAGUGCUGCACCUAGCUUUGAACCCAGACCAUAUCCGGAUUUUUUCUGCUGCAGCUGAUGGGACAGCCAAUGUGUGGAAAUACUGCUAG